CACUCUAUAAAAAUAUACUCUAUUGGUUUUACCCAUAAGUUAUUAUUUUUAACUCUCUAGCGGCUAUAGUCUAGCCCCUACUCUUGUCCCCACUCGCCAACUGACCGUGGUAAACUGGCGAUUAGUGUAUAGUGAUUACUGCAGUACCGACUAUUCAGUGUGAACUAACGGUUUUCAAUUAAACAUUUUAUUAAUUUUGAACUUUUGAAUAGUAUAAUACUAUAGAACUUAUUCAUGAUGUCAUCAACAAAGUCUGGAGAACAACGUGAAAAUGAGACUAAGUUAUGGUGUGUGGUAUGGUUCACAGAGUCAAAAGAAUACAGUGUAAUUCCUACCAAUUGGCUUGUAGAAAAUAAAGACUCUCAAAGUGAUUCAUUAUUUUGCAAAUGGCCUCCUUAUAAGGUUACCAGUGACCAUUUAAAAAAAGCAAUAAGUCCAUCCCAGUCAUGGGAAACUUAUAGGGUGAAAUUUGUUGGUGUCAAUAAAACUUAUGGUAAGUGCCUUUACUUAUUCUUAAAUGUUGGUGCUAAAUUAUUUGAUCCAUUUCACAGUAAUCUAAUCAACUCUUGUUUACAUUAGGUAAUUUUGUUCAUGACCAUGUAGAUUCUAUAGUUAGAUUAGGUUUAAAUAAAUAGUUAAAUCAUCAGGCUUUAACAAUGUGAGUAGGUAUAUAACAUUGUAAAUUUUUCCUGCAAUUUGAUUAAUGUACCGCAGGUUAAAUUAGGCAUAAUAACUAAGCAAAUAUAUAAUAUGUGAUACAUAACUAAUUUUAAA